GUAACAAUAAAUAAAUAAAAGAGAAAUAAAAGGAUAAUGUGCCUCAAUUUAAAUACUUUCACAUUCCCAUUAAAACAACAUUUAUGAAUUCAUACUUCAAUGCUCACUUUUCUUUUGAAACAAGCUUGUCCAACGGAUAAUAAUAUUCCUACAAUUCCAGCCUAUAGUGUUUCUUUUCUGUUCUUUCACGAGCAGUUCCACGGGAAAGCUGCAAUAGCAAUACCCAGAGGGAACUUAAUCGGAAUCGAAAAGUCAAGCUCAAGGAAGUUUCCGGACUUCGAUUUCCAUAUCAUGGGCCUUGAUAUGGAAGCAAUGGCGGCCUCGAUCGGGGUGUCGGUGCCGGUUCUGCGCUUCUUGCUAUGUUUCGUGGCCACGAUUCCUGUGAGUUUCUUGUGGCGGCUCGUUCCGGGUCGACUCCCCAAGCACCUCUAUUCGGCGCUUUCAGGAGCGCUCCUGUCUUAUCUCUCAUUUGGGUUCUCUUCGAAUCUCCAUUUCUUGGUGCCCAUGUUCCUGGGUUACGCUGCAAUGCUGCUUUACCGCCCCAAGUGUGGGAUCAUCACCUUUUUCUUGGGGUUUGGUUAUUUGAUUGGCUGCCAUGUAUAUUAUAUGAGUGGAGAUGCAUGGAAGGAAGGAGGUAUCGAUGCAACUGGAGCCUUGAUGGUCUUGACACUGAAAGUCAUCUCUUGUGCAAUGAAUUACAAUGAUGGAUUGUUGAAAGAGGAAGGCCUGCGUGAGGCUCAGAAGAAAUAUCGCUUGAUUAAGUUGCCUUCAUUGAUUGAAUAUUUUGGUUACUGCCUUUGCUGUGGUAGUCACUUUGCUGGCCCAGUUUAUGAGAUGAAGGACUACAUUGAGUGGACUGAAGGCAAGGGGAUUUGGGCUCAGUCAGGGAGAGGGCCACCCCCAUCACCUUUUGGAGCAGCUUUCCGAGCUGUUGCCCAAGCUGCUAUUUGCAUGGCUGUGUAUCUUUACCUUGUACCACACUAUCCCUUGUCCCGCUUUACUGAUCCUAUAUACCAAGAAUGGGGAUUCUGGAAGCGGUUGAGUUACCAGUAUAUGUCUGGCUUUACAGCGCGUUGGAAAUAUUAUUUCAUCUGGUCAAUUUCGGAGGCUUCCAUUAUUAUUUCUGGCUUAGGUUUCAGUGGCUGGACAGAUUCUUCACCACCAAAGCCACGGUGGGAUCGUGCAAAAAAUGUUGAUAUUUUGCGAGUUGAGUUAGUAAAGAGUUCAGUUGAGUUGCCACUUGUGUGGAACAUACAAGUCAGCACCUGGCUUCGUCAUUAUGUUUAUGAAAGACUUGUCAAGAAGGGUACGAAACCUGGUUUUUUCCAGUUGCUGGCAACUCAGACUGUCAGUGCUGUUUGGCACGGAUUGUACCCAGGAUACAUCAUAUUCUUUGUUCAGUCAGCUUUGAUGAUUGCCGGUUCAAGAGUUAUUUACCGGUGGCAGCAAGCUGUGCCUCAAAAUAUGGCUGUUGUGAAGAAGGCAGUGGGAUUCAUGAACUUUAUUUAUUCAGUUUUGGUUCUGAAUUAUUCCUGUGUUGGUUUUAUGGUAUUAAGCUUGCAUGAGACACUUGCUUCAUACGGGAGCGUGUAUUACAUAGGAACCAUUCUUCCCAUAGUACUGAUUCUCCUUGGAUACAUAGUGCCUGCAAAGCCUUCCAGGCCUAAAGAUCGUAAAGAACAGUGAGACCAAAACCUCGUUUCUUCUUUCUGGGGUUGGUAGGAAUGAAAUUUGUAGAAUAGGAAUUACUGCUAUCCACAGGUUUUUUUUUUUUUUAUAAAGCCGUGUUUCUUGUUCUGUAGCACUUGCUUUGAUCCUCGGUUCUCUACAAUCCUUUGUUUCCAAAGUUGCGUUUAUUAAAUAACAUUGAAAUAUCAAGCAAUGGUAAGCAUCUCAUGAGUUUUGUUCAUUUUUCACUCAAUUUUUCUGUUUUAAAUCCUUUGUGAUUGAUAUUAAAGGUUUCCAACUGUG